AUGUCUGUUUCGAGUUUGGGGAUCGUUGCUGCUGCUGCUUCGAGCGAAAGCGAGUCUGUCUCCGACGGAGCUUCCGCAGAUUCUUUUUUCAUAAGAGAUGUUCAUGAACUUCGAGAACAAAAGAGACAAGAACUGGAAGAAGAAGAAGCAGCAGCAGCAGCAGCAGCAGCAGCAGACGAGGGGCUUCUCAGCAGCUUGCUGCAGCACUUCCGGCACUGCUGCGCCAGCCGCCGCAAGGGCAGGUUCGCGCCGGCGGCUGCUGCAGCAGCAGCUCCCGCAGCAGCAGCAGCAGCAGCAGCAGCAGCAGCGGGGGCUGCGAAGGGGCCGCGGAGGGCGAAGACAUACUCCGCGUCGGGCAGCAGCAGCAGCCGCAGCAGCAGCAGCAGCAGCAGCAGCGCCACCCGCAGCGGCCCCCCCGACAAGCUGAUGGGGGACAAGUCCCACCUGGCGGCGAGGGUUGUGGGGUUGUUUGUGAGGAGGUUUGGGGACUUGACGGAGUUUGCUGCUUUUAAUGUGACUCCGAGUGAAAAGGAGGGAGUUCCUCCUUGCUUUCUAGGGUUUAAGACGCUAGAAGACAUGCAAGAUUAUGUGCUGGAGCUUUAUAAAAGAGACCCGAGGAUGAAGAGGAGCAACGGGGCUGUUACUGCGUGGCUCUUCAAGUCGAAAACUUUGCCUGUCGCAGCUACAGGAUCUGCGGGAGAAAGGGUUUGUGGUUUGGAUGCUGCAGAUCCCAAAUAUGAUGCCAAGCUGCUCUAUACGAACAUGUAUAAGGCCACGACGGACAGGCAAGAAGACCCGGAGGUCUUCGCGCUCGAACAAGGAGUGGGAAUGGAAAUUCAAGAUAAGUCCGAUUUGAAAAACCGCCAAAAGUUUAUGUCUCCUCAAGAGCUGGUGAGACACGGCAGCAGCAGCAGCAGCAGCAGCGGCAGCAGCAGCAGCAGGAGCAGCAGCAGCAGCAGCAAGGGAUGGAAAGGCGGCCCGGCCCACGAGGCCUGGUGUCUACAGGCCCUGGGCCAGUCUCUAGUAGUCUGUGGGGCCCGGUCUCGAGCCAGCAGCAGGGGGUGGCGCCAGCAGCAGCAGCAGCAGCAACAGCAGCAGAAACAGCAGCAGCAGCAGCAGCAGCAGCAACAGCAGCAGAAACAGCAGCAGCAGCAGCAGCAGCGCAGCAAAAGAGCAGCAGCAAAGACAG